GGCUCAAGCGGGCAUCGGCUGUUCAAUUCAGCACAAAGGCGAGUGGCAGGAUGAGGCGCUGCUUGGUCGCCCUGCUUCUGUUGCAGGAUGUGCUCGGUGGCCCAUGCGCUGAUGAGCAUAGCUUUUGCGCAGUUUGGGCGCGCAAGGGUGCAUGCAAAGAAAACUCGGCAUACAUGUGGCGGCAUUGUCCCAAGUCAUGCGAUGAAUGCGAUCGCUUCACCACUACUACGGUGACAUCGACAGAGGCGCCUACCACCACUCCACCGCCAGAGACUUCUACAAGCCAGCUGUUGCCAGAGAACUCUACAACGGGGUUGGUGGAGACUACGAGCGUAGUGCCAGAAUUGUCACAGACUAAGACCAAAGAGUCAGAUCCAACUGAGUUGCCGGAGUCCACGAAUGAGUUGUCGGAGACCACGAAUGAGUUGCCGGAGACCACGACUAUGUCGCCUGUGCCUCCGACCUCCAAAACUACAGCGCCUCCUACAACCCAGGCAGUCACAACAACUACAGCAAAGCCUUUGGUACCAAAUGCAAAAAGGUGCAGCGCGUAUGAUCACAAGGCCAACACAGAUGUUGCUGGCACCAUGCUUGCUGUCAUUCCGGCGCCCUCUGAUGAUGUAUGUUGCAGCAAGUGUGACACAACUCCUCGCUGUGCUGGUUUUUCCUUCUACUUGAACGUUUGCUAUCUCAAGACCAACUUGCAAGGGACCUUCCGGAAGUCUGGGUGCACAUCUCAGAUCAGGAAGCCCAGUGUCACGAAGACCGAGUGCUCGACCUUCAGCCAGCCAGAGGCCAACAAGGACUUGGCGGGACAGCUCCUUGCAGCGAUCUAUGCCCCCGAGCCAGCGGAAUGCUGCGCGGCAUGCGGCAGGGAGCCAAAGUGCCAAGGUUUCGCUUACUUCGAUAGCUAUUGCUAUCUGAAGACCAAUGUGGCGGGCACUUUCUACAAGCCAGGAUGCAGUGUUCAAAUGCAAUCCCCCGUUCGCCGCUUGGAGGCCGAACCCCUGACCUUGGUGUGAGCGUUGGUUCUGUGGUCUCUUUUGCAAAGGGCAGCUUGGGGGCAGACCUCGUCCUGUGCUUGCGUGGCGCUUACGAGUUGGAGCUUGUGGAGCGUACCACCCCUGUUCGACCAACAGAGCUCGACUGUGACGGGCGGGCGCAGUGCAUGCCAAAUUGAUGGCGAAACCCCAAGCCAUCACAAUCCCCAUAAGGGCACACGGCCCUGGGCUCCCUUGUACAGAGGAGUCUUGCACACUUCAGCGUCCAAUUUCUCCCAAGUUGAUUUUUGCUCGCUGCCUUGCGAAAUAGCAAGUGUAAUUUCCAACUCUUCAGGAGUAUACAGCGAACAACUUGGCCAGCUAGAUUAGAUUAGAAUUCGUUAUAAGCUGACGGCACAGUCGGAACGUGGAUGAGAGUGUGCACAGGC